AUGGAAAGAGGAAGUAAAGUUAACGAUAAUGUUUUGCUUACUUUUGUGAUUCGUUCCCAGUCACCAGGUGAAUAAUCUGCAAACGAGGUGGAAAUGGGAAAAAAGAAUUAUUGGAAACAUUGUAAUAAAAUUCCAUAGCUAGAGCUGUAAUAGAAGACCUAAGAUAUUUAGCUGCGAUGAAUUUUGUAGGUUUCCUAAUAACUCACACUUUUUUUUCACUUUCACUUCCGAGAAAUUUGUGAGUAAAUUCUUGAUCAACAAACUGAGAAGAGUUUCCACUUGUUUGUGGCAGUAUGAUUCGAAAAGUAAAUUGUUAUGAUCCAUUGGUCCAUGAAGACGUUGCCAGAGAUGUGGACGUGACCGAGGUCAAAGUUGCAUUGAGAUGCUACAUCAACUGAAGCAAACUUUCCUGCCAAUCUUUUCUCACUUUAUCAUAAAAGCUUUACUUGUAGCUUGGGUUCCCAUAUGUUGGCCAACAUUAAGGUGCAACUCUAGCUUGGAGAACAAUGCAAAAGCUUGGGUACAUUCUGAUACAGAACACUCGAAAAGUGAUUUGCUCGCAGUUGGUUGUUUCUUUCGUUCUGGAUUCAAAUCUCUUUCUUUGACCAAGGAAAACUAAUGCGCUACAUCAUUAGCCUCCGCUUGAAGCAUAGUUGGACCCUGAUGCCUCACAUACAGCGCUUUAUACAGAAAAAGCUUUCCUGGACCAAUACCGUAAGCUUUCCAUGCCUGAAUUCCUGAACUUUCAAAAUGGAAAUUAUGUAACACACAAAAUUGUCAAGUUUGUUCACUUCAUGACCUUCCCUUGACUUGUCAACAACGUUUACUGAGGCCAACAUCCCACUUACAGGGUGUUGCUUCAAAUGUUCUUUCAUGUCUGAUGCUGUCAAAAUAUCCUGACCCUCAGAACAGUGUUCGCGAAUGGACACCUUUAGUGGGCAAAGAAUCCUGUUGCAUAUAUCCUUUCCACUUUGGGGCUCGGAAAAGUCAUAGUUUUUAACAGUUAUUCCAAAUCUCUCCCAAUAUCUCUCACUGCAGCAACCAACAAGUUAUUGUGAUAACACCCUGCCUCAUCAUUGGUCGAAUAAGUGCAUGUAUGUGGUGACUUGCAAUUUCUUAGUUAACUCAUCCCGUGAAACAAUACUACUAACAUGCCAGCUAAGUCCUUUUUUCCAUACCAAUCACUUUGCUUUUCACAGUAGCGCAACUGUAGAAACUUCAUCGCGCAAUCCAUUAUGACCAACCAUGAACUGGAGUCAAGCUUUGCAAGGACACCUUGUUUAGCGUGUUCUUGAUUUGUUGUCCGCAUGAAAUGUGCUUUCCACUGUUUCAUAGCUUUUACAGCUUGCUCAAAAUCAUAUACGAUGUCUUCUUGUUGCUCCUUACUGUAAAACGCGAGGCCUUCAUGUUUGAAUAGCUUGCUCUAUUUUGUUGAUGCAUGUAGAAAUGUUAUCACAUUGGUUACAAUGUGUUGUAUGUUCAUGUGUGCAAGUUUCCUUCAAGUCUGCAAUUUUGGAUCACUAAGCCUGAACUUCAAGCAAUGAUCAGGACAAGGGCUCUCAGAUUCUUGGCAAUGAUUACGGUAUUGUGUUUUUAAAUAAUGUUUGCCAUCUAGGAGAGACUUCUUUAUAGCUUUUGACGAAUUAUUAUCUUGCUCUAGUUCCUGUAGAUCAUCCACAAUAAAACAUGUUUCUCAAAACCAGCUGAGCCAUCCGCUGCUGUGUUGUCGACACCACACAGCGACUUUUGCUGGGAGGCUUCUCUUACUUGGAGGAUCCGAAACAAUGUCGCGCGACUCAGUGGCUCUACAUUCUCUUCUUAUAAUAAUAAAUAAUAAUUUUAAUAACAACACAAAACGCUCACUGAGUUUCCAGCGAUAUACAUACCCUUUUCUAGAUAUAUACCUAAUAAUAAUAAACGAACGAACGAAUGUAUUCCUUCCACUCGUGAGCUCAUUUACCAUUGUCACAUAUGGUAAAUGUCCAGGCCUUGUGACCCUGGAUGGGCACUUAAAAGGAAAGAAUACACACACACAAAGAUUUAUUCAACCAUUAAAAGAACGAUUGAACAACUGCGCAUGAACGAACGUUCAAAGUGAAUGCCCCUUCUUGGGUAUGUAUAUUGCUGGAAACUCAGUGAGCGUUUUGUGUUGUUAUUUUAUUUCCUGAGUACGGGUCUUCGACCAAUUUCAUAUUGUUAAUAAUUUUAAUAUUUAUAUAGCGCAAAAUAACAUUGAUAUAUGAUGCGCUUCACAAAUUUCCUAUAAAUAUAACAAAUGUUUCUAUGCUAAAUAUACUAAAAUAUUAAAAAUGUAAACAAGAAUAAGACAAUCGUUCAAUUUAAGAAUUAGCAUAUGCUUCUCUAAACAAAUGAGUUUUAAGCAUAGACAGAUUUUCUGAAACACUCUGAAACUAAUCGCUGCUCGCUUGCAUUUACUGGUUUAUUGGAGCAAUUGUAAAGUUUUGAAACUCUAUUAUCUUCCCUGAAUAGAGUUUGCAGUGCCUUGUCAUGCGAAUAGCUUGCACGUAAGGAACGUUUGAAAUUUUUACAAAUGCUAUAUUUUUAGUUUUUAAUUCUUUUAGGAAAUAGACUUGCCUAGAUUUAAUCUUUACAGCCCAAAUAUUAUUUUGAUCAGAGUUGCAUGAGUCGCCUGAAAUAACCCUUGCCGCUCGGUUUUGAAGUCUAAUAAAAAUGCAGUUCAAUUAAAGCUUGAUAGUGAUGGGUAAGAGUUCCAAUUAAAACAAAUGGUUUAAUUUGGCGUAACAUGCCAAUGCCUUUUGAAACUUUUUUACUUAUGUUCUCAAUUUGCUUGUCCCAGCAUAAAUUUUCAUCAAUUAUAAUGCCCCAAGUUUUCUGUGAGUUUACUUGUUUAAUUACUUUGCCAUCAAUGGACACAGUGAUAUCUUGCAAAAAUCUACUCAAUCUUUUGUGAGUUCCAAUGACCAUAUACUCUGUUUUUUCUAUGUUUAAUGUUAAUUUGUCUGAGACGAGCCAUUGAUGAAUAUUGCUCAUUUCAUGAUUGAGUUUUUUUCCAAAUUAUUAAGACCAUCUGAACCAACAGUUAUAUUUGUGUCAUCAGCAUACAUUGCGGCAUGUGAAUUUUCCAAACAGUUUGGAAGAUCAUUGACAUAUAUCAAAAAUAAAAGAGGGCCAAGGUUUGACCCCUGUGGAACCCCGCAAUUUAACUUCCGAGGGGUGAUGUUGCUCUAUUUACCUUACAGUAUUGUUCCCUGUUAAACAAAUAUGAUUUAAACCAUUCUAGUGCCAUGUCUUGUAUCCCGUAAUUAGAUAAGUUUUUUAUAAGGAUAGCAUCAUCGACUGUUUUGAAUGCUUUGCAUAAAUCAAGAAAAAGCACCUUGUUUAUCCUACCAGCAUCCAUAUUCAGUAGCCACGAAUCAGUAUUUUCUAAAAGAGCAGAUGUGCUGGAAUGAGCUUUGCGAAAACCAGACUGACAUGAACUUAAAAUCGUCUUUUCUUCCAGAAAUAGAUUGAGUUGCUCACAGACAAGUUUCUCAAAUAAUUUUGCAAUAACUGAAAGAACAGAAAUAGGCCGAUAGUUACCCCACGCUUUCUUAUUUCCAGACUUCUAUAUUGGCGAAAUCCUUGCCGUUUUAAGAUGGUCUGGGAAAAUGCAAUUAUUUAGAGAAGUAUUGAAAAUAAGUGGCAAAAAGGGGGCCACUACGUCUUUUGAAUCUCUUAAAACUUAACCGAUUAUUUGCAUAGAAAAUUUAAAAAACUUAGAACUAAAGUUAAAAAUCUCUUGAAAGAGAGUCGUGAAAGAUACUUCUCCAACCUCAGCCAGAGUUUGUAUCAAAACCCGAAACGCUUUUGGAAUCUGUUUAAAGUAAAAUCCAAAACCAGUACUAUCCCACAAUCUGUAUCAUGGACAAUAGGAAACGACACAAAAAUCACCAACAACCUGACGACUAUCGCUAAUAUGUUCAAUAACUACUUCUUCAGUAUUCACUCCACAAGAAGAUCUUCAAUCUAACGCUACUACGACAGAUAUAAAUGACACUAUUUCUUCUGGUUCACCUACGCAGUCAAUAGAUCAAUUAUCAGUGACGGAAAGUGAUGUUCUGAGAACUCUAAAAUCUCUUGACCCAGAUAAAGCAUUAGGACCAGAUGAAAUCCCUGGUAGAAUUCUGAAAGUAACAGCCAAUCAAAUUGCUCCAUCGCUCACUCGCCUGUUUAACAAAUCUCUCCAAGUUGGGGUAGUACCCGAUGAGUGGAAGCUUGCAAAUGUCGUUCCAGUAUUUAAAAAAGGAGAAAAGGAUCGUGUAGAAAACUACAGACCUAUUUCUCUUUUAUGUAUAGUAUCGAAAUUGUUGGAACGAUGCAUAUUAAACCACCUUAGAUUCUAUCUACAGAACAUAAUAAAUCACUGUCAGCAUGGUUUUACUCCCAGGAAAUCCUGCACUACUCAACUCAUCCAAGUUAUAGAUACAAUUGGUAAACUUCUUGAUCAAAGAGAGCAGAUAGAUGUCGUUUAUCUUGAUAUGUCCAAGGCAUUCGAUAAACUGAAUCACACGAAGAUGAUCGAUAAACUCUGCAGUUUUGGAUUCAACUGUGGCUUGCUUUCUUGGUUCCAGUCCUAUCUUUGCCAUCGUCGACAAAAGGCUCUCACAACAAGAUGA